ACUGUCAAUUUGCAUACAAUUUUUUUUAAGAUUAUGAAUUUUUAAGACUGUUGCCGGGGUAACUCUUGCAUGAUUUUAUACUUUUGACAAGUAGGAAAAUAAAGCACAAAAGGUUAGAAGGCGGGAUCGCCCAAGGUUUUCUUGAAAUAAGGUACCUAUUUUUUGGUUUCAUACAAAACAAAAACAGAUUUUAUUAUAUCCUGCCUCAAAUACGCAUUAUUUUGAAAAACACUACAUGACAACUUUUAUUUCUUACAUAAUUUGCCGUCGAAUAGCAUUUUUAAAAAUAGUUUAUCCAAAAAAAGCAUCACAUGUUGAUCCACUGUGCGACGUAUCGCGCCGUGCAAUAACAUUAAGACGUAAAGAGACUUCGUGCCUCUACUCUUUCCCAUAUUACAGCUUGGCAAAAAAGAGUAGAAAUGGAACUAAUUUUUUACACCACUUACUGUUUUCAUACAAAAGAUAGUUGGAAUAUGCAAGACGUUUUACAUAGACAGUGGCGCCCCUAUUAUUUUCUACUUUUUUUGCCCGACUGUAAUAUAGACGGUCAAGCAAAUAUUAUGAGAGCAAAAUUCAAAUUUUCUAUGGGACGAUAUUAAUGUAUGGGCACAUUAUUCAAAUUUGCCGCCAUUUUUUACUCUCAUGAUUUGCUUGACCGUCUGUAGUUACAUUAUCUAGGUUAUUAACAUGACAAGUAAGUGCCUUACUUGUUAUGGCUGAUGUAUUUAUUGGGUAAAAUAAAAAUCUGGUACUGGCAACAUUUUCAAGUUGUCAUCCAACAAACCAAAUGCUAACGGCCGAAUGUGAUGCUCGUGUGUUCUUUUUCUUUUCGCUCCUUUUUUGCGUCGUUGUCAUUGCAGUGAAAGUGUUUCAUUUGAAAAUUAACUUAGUGAUCGCGAUCGCAAGUAUACCUACUAAAAUAAUGGAAGAGGAUACAGAAAACAUAUUGGUAUCCUGGGAUGUGCCGUCAGAAGUCGUCGAGAACUUCAAAACAACAUCAAACCAGAAGAGUUCAAUUUGCUAGCUGCAAAAAUUGUUUCUCUUUUCCCAACUGAAAGUAUAUAUAUCUACUAUAUGAAAGCUGUGCCAACAUGCAAAUCUGCUUCAAGAAAAUAUGUGCCCGCUAAAGGCAAAUUAGUGGACAAGGUUCGAAAUCUCCUGUACAUAUCAGGAGCAAAGCGCAGGAGCAUUAAAUCCACUUGCUCUAAUAAGGAUUCGGAUACAGAUGUAGAGUCUGUGGAAAAUAAUCAAGAGACUGCCUCAAAUGACGACGCUAUUUGGCUGAAACAUAACAAUGAGCCAUGGGACCAAGUUUGUGAAAGGUGGAAUAACACCUUUGAAUUAAGACACAAACAAAAAUUUGAAACUGUACAUGAUUUUCUCGAAACCUGGGCCAUUUUAAAAGACGGCAAAGCAGAUACUCUGAUGAAAUAUACAUUACUUAAUAUACAGGGUGCAUUUUGACAGCGGGUCAGUGAGGGCAACUAUCAGAUCCCGUGGUGCUAUUGCUAUCUAAGGAGACUAUCCCUCGAUUUCAAAUUGAUGGAAA